AGGCCAAAUGGACAAAAAUGUUCGCGGCCGUGAAUCUUUAAAAAUGAAAAAAAGUGUUACUUAAUGAUUAAUUUUACUAUCUUAGUUUUUUACCUCCCUCAUUACUUUCAUGUAAAGAUUACUGAAAAAGUAGAGCAAAGUAGAGCAAUUUUGAUAUGGAUAACCCUUGACUUAGCCAUGAACUAUGUAAUGAAGAACGUGAAGAACUCAAUUUGACUGUAGAGUAGGUGGAGUAUGAACUAUGAGUGUUGAAAUUCCUCAGUCAAUGGUUUCAGUGUGAUUGUGAUGUUCAAUGGGGAACCACGUGUUAGGCCUUAUUCUCCUCAUCAGUGGAGUGUCUCUCGCCCAAGGAGCGACUGUGACAACGCAAAAUGGACCCAUUCGAGGAGAGAAACACUCUAAUUUCUUCGCCUUCAAGGGGAUCCAGUACGGAGAGUCUCCAGUGGGGAUGAAGCGUUUUGAGCCAGUGGAAAUCUUCAGUGAAAAGUGGACAGAAGUGAGAAAUGCCACACAGUUUGCUAAUCCCUGUCUUCAGUGGCGAGAAGGAUCUUCAGAUCAACUCAAUGGUGAUGAGGAUUGUCUCUUCCUGAACGUUUACACAUCUCACAUCGGCGAGGAGGAAAAUCUACCUGUGUUCGUGCACUUCCACGGAGGAGGAUUCACAUAUGGCAGUGGCACGUUCUUCAGUCCAGAGAGAAUGUUUCACCGUCACAAGCUUGUCUUUGUCACUGUCAAUUAUCGCCUGGGGCCUCUGGGAUUCCUCAGCACUGAGGAUGAAGUUGUGCCUGGAAACAUGGGAUUGAAGGAUCAAGUUGUUGCCUUGCUGUGGGUCAAGCAGAACAUCCGAUUCUUCGGUGGAAAUCCCAACUCUGUGACGUUAAGUGGGUUCUCAGCCGGCGGAGCCAGUGUUCAUCUUCACUAUCUCUCUCCUCUGUCUUCUGGCCUCUUCCACCGAGGGAUUUCUCACAGUGGAUGUGCACUCAAUCCCUGGGUUUUGGCAGAGAAUCCUCUCCAAAAAGCACGUGUGGUAGCAAAUCACCUCGGAUGUGCAACGGAAGACAACAGAAGGAUGAUAGAGUGCCUGAAAGGCAAGCCAGCUGAUGAGAUUGUGAGCACUGUGCCACUUUUUCAGCCAUGGCUUUCUCAGCCGUUCACACCCUUUGGCGUGGUUGUGGAGAAGAACUCAGAGAAUCCCUUCUUGUCUGCUCAUCCGGAGCUCAUUUACAAAUCUCAGGCAUUUGCUCAUCUUCCCUGGAUUGUCAGUUACACCGACGCAGACGGAAUUUAUCCUGCAGCCAAACUCCUCCUGGAUUCGACUUCCUUGACUGAACUUCGAGAUCGUUGGCUUGAAUUGGCGCCAUUCUUAUUGGAUUUCAACGAAACCGUGUCUCCAGAGACUUCCCAUGAUGUCUCCAACCAGAUUCUAAGACACUAUCUCAGCGAUAAGCAGAUCUCUCGGGAUUCUUUCGAUGACAUCGUCAAGAUGCUCACAGACAGAAUGUUUGCAGCUGAUAUCGCACGUUCUGUCCGACUUCACAGUCAACACUCACCGACAUUCCUUUACUUCUUGCAAUUCCCAGCCGUUUUCGGCGUCGGACACAUAAUUCUCGGCCAGGACACCACAUUCAAUGGAGCCGCUCACGGAGAUGAUGUGUUUAUGCUGCUGAAAAACAGAAAUGAUCCUCGAGUGAAUCAAACGUCUGAAGAGAAGGAAAUUUGCCGCCUUCUCACUGAAAUUUACAUGUCAUUCGCUAGCGAUUCACAACCCAAAUUGGAUGAUCUUGCCUUUGAAGACAUCAAAUCUCGAGAACUCUUUUCCUUCCUCAACAUUAAGACACCAUCCGAUUUUUCCAUGGAUAAAUCACUAAAUGUCGGAGAGGAGGAGUUUUGGAGAUCUCUUCCUCUGAGAGAAUACAAAACUUCUGCACAACAAUUGCCAACGCAAAAAGGUGAACUGUAG